AUUUACAUAAUUCUGGAUAACAGAGAAGAAGAUAACUCUAACUACAACAAUGGAGGUAUGUAUGUCUCUGAAAGCACACGCACUGGUUCCAAAAACCUCCAUCAACUCCAAGAAUCUAAGAACAAUCGAUGAUUCCAACUUAAUCAGACACUCGUUUUGUUCAUCGCAAAUUCAAAGGAAGCAGCAGCAGAAUCAAGGAAAGAGAUUAAUGGUGGUUGAAGCAAAAGGGAAAAAAGGAAUGCAAGCUCGUCAGUUCCAACGCCCAAUGCCUGCUAUGCCCAAAAUCGAAGACGAUGGCAACCCUAGAUUCGUCAUAUUCAUCCGUAUGGCCAAUGUUUAUUUGUGGUACCCCGUGAGUAUUGUAGCGGGUGGGACAACCGCAAAGAUCCUGAUUGCUGGUAAAGAUAAUUUUGUUGGGAAGUACAUAUACAAAGACACACUAUCAAAAAAUCUUGCAGGAGUUAUUUACAAAGAUGAGAAGGAAGUUCAAAAGACAGCAAUUCGACAGCAUCGUGUGUUACGCGCAGCUACCGAAUUUCGAUAUGGAUACAAACUUGUGGAAGGUACCAACAUAAGAGCAGCACUUGCAAGCAAUGAUGUUAUUGAGCUCCCAACAAAAGCCGAAUUGAAAACCGUGUUGGAUAAAGUUAUAGAUUUCUUUGGGGAUGCCAAAGAGUCGUUUGGGAAAUUGACUGAACUAAACUCGACAUCUGACACAGAGUCCGAGGAAAAGGCCACUGAUAAACCCAAGGUCAAAACCUGAACGUGAAGGAAGAAGAAGAGGGAAAUGUGGACUCACCAUACCAGCUUUACAAGCAAAGCACACGCUUAUGAGGUUUUGUAUACGAAAAUAUGUCGCAUUUUUUUUGUUUUCAAAUCUGUGCUCGAUAGAUUGAUGCUUGAAAUUUAUUUGUCAAUAGUACAUAAUCUUUGUUC